GGGACAUGGCGCACCUGCGAUCCUCGCCUCACUCUGGGUUGAAGGGUCAUUGGGAAAGUUUUACCCUAAAUACGCCAACAACACCAACGGGCUCACCAAGUUGAUCACCCAGUUCAGUACCACUGGCGGAUUUCCCAGGUAAGACGACAAUAUCAAGCCACAACCUCCUCGUAUCGCGGACGUUAAUUUCCAUUGCAACCCAGGCUAAUAAGUCCCUCUUAGUCACAUCAAUGCGGAGACACCCGGAGCUAUACAUGAAGGUGGCGAACUUGGAUAUGCCCUAGCCGUCUCGUUUGGGUCUGUAAUGGAUAACCCAGACCUGAUAACCGCUGUUGUGGUGGGCGAUGGGGAGGCCGAGAGCGGCCCGUGUACAGCGUCAGUCGAUCUGAGAAACGGCUCACACGAGUUUCCAUUUAUUUCUAUUAUUUUCUUUGUCGAGCAUGUUUCGCUAAUUUUGCAAGUAGGAGCUGGAAUGGUAUCAAGUACAUCGAUCCCGCAGAGUCAGGGGCUGUCUUGCCGAUUCUUCAUCUCAAUGGAUUUAAGAUUAGCGAGCGGACUAUCUAUGGAUGUAUGGAUGACAGAGAGCUUGUCUCAUUGUUCUCUGGUUUCGGCUACCAGGCACGAAUCGUGGAAGGCUUGGAUGAUAUUGAUACCAACCUGAAUAGUUCGUUCGAAUGGGCACUAGCAGAAAUCCGUAGGAUCCAAAAGGCCGCCCGGUCUGGAAGCCCAAUCAUGAAACCCCGAUGGCCAAUGUUGAUUUUGCGAACCCCCAAAGUUAGUACAGAGUUCUCUUGUAUGACAUGACAUGCCCCAAGUGGGAUGGCUAACGGCUCUAUGUGUAGGGUUGGACAGGACCAAAGAGCAUCCAUGGAAAGAUCGUGGAGGGCUCCUUCGCAGCGCAUCAAGUACCGCUGCCAGCAGCUGGGAAGGACGACGAAGAGCUCAAAGCGUUACAGGAAUGGCUUUCUUCAUAUAAACCGGAAGAGCUGUUCAACGAGCAUGGAGAUGUGAUUGACGAUAUUAAAUCGAUCCUCCCCAAGGAAGACUCAAAGCGAAUGGGUCAGCGAAAAGAGGUGUGUGACACUUUUGCAAAACUCAAAAUGCCAGACUGGAGACGUUACACAGUCUCAAAGGGUUCUCAGGAAAGUUCCAUGAAAACGAUCUCUCAUUUUAUGGGCCAGAUCCUGGUGGAUAACCCCCAUUCUAUGCGGAUUUUUUCCCCAGACGAGCUGGAGAGUAACAAACUUGGUGCCGUGUUGGAAAAGACGGGUCGAAAUUUUCAAUGCGAUCAGUUUGCUAAUGCCCGGGGCGGGCGGGUAAUUGAAGUACUAAGCGAGCAUAUGUGUCAGGGUUUCCUCCAGGGAUAUACUUUGACAGGGCGGACGGGUAUAUUCCCAUCUUACGAGAGCUUCCUAGGGAUCAUCCAUACAAUGAUGGUUCAGUACUCAAAGUUCAACAAAAUGGUACGUUACUGUAGUUGUUCGUUUCCAUUCUCAUCCUUCGAAAGAAGGCGGAACAGAUGCUGAGGGUCUUCGCAGGGGAUGGAAACCAAUUGGCGCCGCCCUUUGCCUAGCAUUAACUAUAUCGAGACAAGCACUUGGGCACGCCAGGAGCAUAACGGGUUCUCCCACCAGAACCCAUCGUUUAUCUCCGCGGUUUUAAAUUUAAAGCCCAAUGCUGCUAGAGUGUAUUUGCCUCCAGACGCAAAUACAUUUCUCUCGACGCUGUCUCACUGCCUGCAAUCUAAGAAUUAUGUCAAUCUUAUGAUCGGGUCGAAGCAGCCAACCCAAAUAUACCUGAGUGCAGAGGAGGCGGAGGCCCAUUGCCGAG